GAAGCUGGAGCGCCGGCCUGGACUGCAAGGCGACGUGCACUGAACUUGUAACUCAGGAACCAGAGGGACUGAAGAAGAGGCAAAGGAGCGCUUCUUCCCCCCACUCCCAGCCCCAGCCUCAGAGGAUGCGGCUCCUCGGGAAACUCCGCGCUUCGGCCGCGGGCCGCGCGGCUCUGGAGCCUGCCUUCUCCAAUGUGCUCACGCCGGACCGCAUCCCCGAGUUCUGUAUCCCGCCGCGGCUGCCCGCGCCCUGCUCGGCCGUGUCCUCGCCCCCGGCCGUCGCCCUGCCCCGGCGGUGCGCUGCAGAGCCGGACCUUUGGUCUCGAGGAGCCUACGACGGCGCGGGGCGCACGGACUGGGACCCACGCUCGCAGGCCGCGCUCUCGCUGCCGCACCUGCCCCGGGCGCGCACCGCCUACGGCUUCUGCGCGCUGCUCGAGAGCCCGCACACCCGCCGCAAGGAGUCGCUCUUCCUCGGGGGCCCGGGGACCGCCCCGCUCCUGCCCGCGCCCCGCCCCCGGGCCCGCACCUUCGGCGGCGGCGGCGGAGACGCCCCCCUCAAGCCCCCGGGCAGAGCCCCUGCUGCGCCUCCCGCGGCCCGCGGCGGCCCCCGCCCGCCCCCGGAUGCGCUCGCUCCGCGGCCCGGCGGCCGCCGCCUCCUGCGUGCUCCCGAGGGGCUGCUGCGCCGCGCACUGCGGGCCGGGAGGAGCCGAGGCCUGGCCCGCGCCCGCUCCGUCUCCAGCGGGGACGGGGAUGAUGACGACGACGAAGGGCGCCGCGCCGGCUCCUGGUCCCCGGCCCGGGCCCCCGCCACGUCCCCUCCGCCGCCCCCCGACCCGCGGCCCGAGCGCCUGGAGGCCGAGGGCACCGUGACUCUGGACCGCACCGGCGGCGCCCUGCGCCUGGCCGUCGAGUACAGUCGGGACAGCGGGCGCCUCCGCGUCCGGCUGCUCCGCGCCGAGGGCCCGGCCGGAGGGGCCGCCGAGCCCCGCGCCCCCGUCGGCUGCCGCGUCAGCUUCGUCCUGCAGCCGCCGGGUCAGACGCGCCGGCCGCGGGGCGCCGAGGUCCGGCGGAGCCGCCGGGCGGUCUUGGAGCAGGACUUGUGCUUGGACGGGCUCUCGGAGGACGAGGUGCGCCGCCUGGCCGUGCGCGUCAAGGCCGAGAACCGGGGCCGCGGGCUGGAGCGGGGCCGCCUGCUGGGCCAGGGCGAGCUGCUGCUGGGCCCCCUCCUGCUCCUCUGAGGGCGCGCCCUGCCCCUGGGGCCUCUCGAACACUGCCAGCCGCUUUGUACCAAAUAAAUGUUAUUUAUUCGUUUUUCUAA